AUGCCUGUCCCCCCACCCCUCAAUCCCCGCAGACAAAAACACCUGCCCCACACACACCUCCACCCCGAGCAAAGGGCGGAACGCUCCACCUUCCCCUCCCUCUUCCAUCCAUCCAUUCUCUCUCUUUCGCUCCUCCGUCCUCUCCUCGUCCCACCUUUGCCCUCCUCAUCCCACCUCAUCCACUGCGCCUGCCCCAGGGCUACCAAAAGGACCCUUCCCGACUCUGUCGCUUUCCCAGCGUUUCACUGGCUGACUCUGGUCACAUGCUGCCUGCUGCCUUCUCUGAUUGGAGCAGGGGAGACGUGGGGCGUGGUCUCAGCCUGUCCCUUCCACUGCGUGUGUCGAAACCUUUCGGAGUCGCUGAGCACGCUCUGUGCAGACAAGGGCCUCCUGUUUGUCCCCCCGCACGUUGACCGGCGCACCGUUGAGCUGCGACUGGCUGACAACUUCAUCACGGAAGUGGGCGGGAAUGACUUUGUCAACAUGACCGGACUGGUCGAUUUGACUCUGUCGAGGAAUACCAUCCACCUGAUCCGACCGAUGGCCUUCGCUGACUUGGAGAGUUUGCGCUCGCUGCAUCUGGACGGUAACCGCUUGACAACACUUGGACCCAGGGACCUCGCAGGUUUGGUCAAUCUGCAACACCUGAUCGUCAACAACAACCAGCUGGUCAAAGUCUCUGUCCAGGCCUUUGACGACUUCUUGCUCACACUGGAAGACCUCGACAUGUCCUACAACAACCUCAGGAGGGUACCAUGGGAGUCCAUUCAGAACAUGGCCAGUCUGCACACUCUCAACCUGGACCAUAACCUCAUUGACCACAUAGCGGAAGGAGUCUUUGGAGAGCUGUAUAAGCUUGCCAGGCUGGAUAUGACCUCCAACAGGCUCCGAACCCUGCCUCCUGAUCCCCUCUUUGCAAGGUCACAGACAGGUGCAAUAAGCCCCACCCCCUACAAUGCUGUCAUAAGCUUGAAUUUUGGCGGGAACCCGCUGCACUGCAAUUGCGAACUGCUAUGGUUACGGCGGCUUAUCCGUGGAGACGACAUGGAGACGUGCGCCACACCUGCUCACCUGGCUGGAAGAUAUUUCUGGUCGAUUCCUGAGGAGGAGUUUACUUGUGAACCACCUCUGAUCACCCGUCACACUCACAAGCUGUGGGUGCUGGAGGGCCAGCGAGCCACGCUAAAAUGCCGUGCCAUCGGCGACCCUGAGCCAGUAAUCCACUGGGUUUCUCCAGAUGACCGCAUCAUUGCGAAUUCAUCCAGGACCAGCUCCUUCAGCAACGGGACCUUGGAUAUCUUAGUAACAGUUGCCCGGGAUGACGGGGCAUACACAUGUAUCGCGAUAAACGCAGCGGGAGAGGCAACUGCCACUGUGGACCUGAAAAUAAUCCCCCUGCCUCACCGGGGAGGAGCAGGUGGAAACACAGGAAAUAACAACGUAAACACCAAAAACAUCAGGAACGUGACCAAUGGGAUUUUACGGACCGAUCCGGGCUCUUCGGAUAUCAGCACGGGGAAAAACGGGGGGAUUAACAACGGCGCGGGACGUGGAGGAGAGGCGGAGGAUGGGAGAAGAGGCGCAGGCGUGGACGAUGAGGGCGACAGCAGCAGGGUCUCCGAAGGGGAGAGGGCCGAUGGAGGGAGCAUGGAGGACGACGAGGGGGACGACGAGGAAGGAAGGAUGGUUGGAGUACACGGGGUUACGUCGACUUCAGCUCAGGUCCGAUGGGAUUUGGGGCGUUUGUCUACGGCUUACGUUGUCUGGAUGUAUCAGAUACAGUACAACUGCACCGCCGAUGAGACCCUCAUCUACAGGAUCCUUCCAUCGACCAGUGACCGCUUCCUGUUGAAGAACUUGGUUUCCGGUGUGGACUAUAACCUGUGUGUGCUGGCCAUUUUUGAUGACACAAUCACAUCACUAGCAGCAACAAAGGUCCUGGGAUGCGCCACGUUCUCCACCAAGGAUGUUUACCCAGCAUGCCGCUCUCUCCAAGCCCACUUCCUGGGCGGGACGCUCACCAUAUUGGUCGGCGGUGUUGUCGUCGUCACCCUGCUCGUGUUCACUGUGGCGCUCAUGGUUCGCCACCGUGUUUGCAAUCAUGGCGACCACAUAAUAUGCCACAACAGCAACACUGAGGCAGGAGGCGGGGCCUGCUGUCUGAGUGGCGGUGUGGGGAGCGGGGACAAAGGGGGGAACAGUAGCGGGUGCUACCAAUCGAAUGGUUCCGGGGACAUGAUGAUGGUGGUCCUGCCCAACGGUCUGCCUUCCAAGAGAGGAGGGGAGAAGGAGAAGGACAAGGAGAAGGAAAAGGAGAAGGAGGCGGCUGAUUCUGCUUCCUCUCUGCCUCCAAAACUCCCCCCAAAGCCCAGGCCAAAGCCGAAAGUCAACCUGGAGCAGUUUCUUUCGGCUGGGGGAGUGGUUUCCACGACGACAGGGGCAGGAAGUGAGAUGGCAUUGGUGGUGAGGCAAAGGAAGCUAGAGAAGGCGCCGCCAUACAGCCUUGACAGUGACAGAACUCCCCUCUACUACUCCCCUUCCCCUCCAUCCACCCUGCCCCGUCAGUCACACUCCAGGGACCACCCAAAACCCCGCCUGGAGCGAGAACUGACCAAUCGUGCCAGUUUCUCUCUGGCUGCACCGCUGAGAGACUCAGAGCUGUUGGACUGGAGGAUCACUGCUCGAGGCAGGGACAAAUGGAACUCCUCGCAGGCUUAUCAGAGGCCUGUAUCCCCUCUAAGUCCUGCUUGUGGGACCGUUAGCAAACGGCGUCACUCGCUGGACAUGGGCUCCUCUGUUGCCCUAGCGACUGAUGCUGCCGCGACUGUUGCCAAGCGCUACGGCGCCGUCAGCUACGCCAAGCGGCUGAGUGUCAUCUGGACGAGGCGGAGCCAGUCGCUUCAUGGGAUGCUGGUGCAGUGUGCCUCGACGACGAGCACAACUUCCUCGACGACCAGCGACGAGGCGGAAAACGCCGGAGGCUUUGGGGCACGCUGCGAGUUCCAGCGGGGGUACAUCCACGCUUACAACACCACCAACUCCAACUCUAACGCUGGGAUCGCUACUGGGAAAGCAAGCAGUGUAAAAGACAGGGGGAAGGAAAAAGGGAAGAGUGCUGAAGAAUUGGAGGAAAGUGUUGUGUAG